AUGUUAUGGGUAUUUAUUGUCGUAGAAUCGUGUUUUCAAGAUAUCGCUUAUGGUUCUUCACAGCUCAUACCACUACGUGCAAGUUCCACUGAUAUUCAUCCAAAUGCAAAAUGGGCACAGAAUGGUAUCACUGUUGCUGGAGGAAAUGGAUGGGGCAGUGAAACCAAUCAACUCUAUUACCCAAUUGGUUUGUAUGUCGACGAUGAUCAAACUAUUUAUGUUGCUGAUUGGGGAAAUCAUCGUAUUGUGGAAUGGAAAUCUGAUGCAACGAAUGGCACAGUAGUUGCUGGUGGAAAUGGACAGGGAAGUGGAGCUCAUCAAUUAAAUGGCCCACAAGAUGUGAUUAUCGACAAAGAGAGCGAUAGUCUCAUGAUCAGUGAUAGAUGGAAUAAUAGAGUAGUUCGUUGGCCUCGUCGAAAUGGGACUCGUGGAGAAACAAUUAUUUCAAAUAUCUCUUCUCAUGGUUUGACCAUGGACGGCAAUGGUUCUCUCUAUGUCGUUGACGAUAAAAAACAUGAAGUGAGACGAUAUAAAAUUGGUUAUACUCAGGAAACAGUAGUUGCAGGUGGUAAUGGAGAAGGAAAUCCUCUCAAUCAACUCUGUAAUCCCCACUAUGUAUUUGUUGAUCGAGACCAUUCAGUAUAUGUGUCUGAUUGUCACACUCAUCGUGUAAUGAAAUGGGAAGAAGGUGCAAAACAAGGUAUUGUUGUAGCCGAGGGUCAAAGAAAAAGUCUUACACAAUUGAAUAAUCCUCAAGGACUCGUUGUUGAUCAAUUGGGCACUGUCUAUGUGGCUGAUUAUUAUAAUCAUCGAAUCAUGCGUUGGUCAAAAGGAGCCACACAAGGAAGUGUCAUUAUUGGUGGAAACGGUUAUGGAGCGCAGCCGAAUCAAUUCGCUUCUCCCAUAGGUUUAUCAUUCGAUCGACAUGGUAAUCUCUAUGUCGUCGAUUACGGAAAUCAUCGAGUACAAAAAUUUAAUAUCGAAUGAGCUCAAUACGACGAUGAAUUUUAUUUUUGUUUGUUCUCUGUUAGCUCGUUUCGUCGAGCAAUCGAUAUCUCUUUUUAUUUUUUUGAAAACAUCAUAUAUAUAUAUAAAAAUGUCCUUCACGUACAUAUAUUCAAUAACAAAGAAAAGAAAAGAAAAGAUUACAUAACCAACAAAGAGAAGAAAGAAAACGAAAGCAUCGAGGGGUAUAGUGAACCAGUAUCACCGUUAACAGUCCUCCCCCCUUACAAGAGAUGUGUGUCCCCACACAGUAGUGUUCAUCAAUUGAAAAAAAAAUUUAGUUCUUGAACAAUUAAUUUAUCACUUAAUACGUA